CCGAUUUGCAGCCCCACGCUACCGGAAGCGGAAAUAGCGGCUGGCGCCGCCAGAGUGUACGUAACUGCCGUCGUGAUGCCGAAGGGUCCCAAGCAGCAGCUGCCGGAGCCCGAGUGGAUCGGAGACGGAGAAGGCACGAGCCCCGCAGACAAAGUGGUGAAGAAAGGGAAGAAGGACAAGAAGAAUAAAAAGACGUUCUUUGAAGAGCUGGCAGUAGAAGAUAAACAGGCUGGGGAAGAAGAGAAAGCACUCAAGGAGAAGGAGGAGCAGCAGCAGCAGCAGCAAAAAAAGAAACGAGACACCCGAAAAGGCCGGCGGAAGAAGGAUGUGGAUGAUGAUGGAGAGGAGAAGGAGCUCAUGGAGCGUCUUAAGAAGCUCUCAGUGCCAGCCAGUGAUGAGGAGGGAGAGGUACCUGCCCUGAUACCCCGAGGAGGGAAGAAAACCAAGGGAGGUAAUGCUUUUGCAGCCCUGAUUCAGGAUCAGAGUGAGGAAGAGGAAGAGGAAGAAAAACACUCCACUAAGCCUGCCAAGCCAGAAAAGAAUCGGAUCAAUAAGGCGGUAUUUGAGGAACGACAACCAGGACUCAAGAACAAAAAGGGGAAGGCCAAGCCUCAAAAUAAAUUUUCCACUCUGGACAAUGAAGAUGAAGAGGAUAAAAAAGAAGACACAACAAAGGAAGAGGAGCCACCCCAGCAAGGAAAGGAGAAGGCCAAUAAGGCGGAGCAGUUCUCACCAGGUUCAGAGGAAGAAGGAGAGUCUAAGGCUGAUGACCCCUAUGCACAUCUUAGCAAGAAAGAGAAGAAAAAGCUGAAGAAACAGAUGGAGUAUGAGCGCCAAGUGGCUUCAUUAAAAGCAGCCAGUGCUGCUGAGAAUGACUUCUCUGUGUCACAAGCAGAGGUGUCCUCCCGCCAAGCCAUGCUGGAAAACGCAUCUGACAUCAAGCUGGAGAAGUUCAGCAUCUCAGCCCAUGGCAAGGAGUUAUUCGUCAACGCAGACCUGUACAUUGUGGCUGGGCGCCGCUAUGGGCUAGUGGGACCCAAUGGCAAGGGCAAGACCACUCUCCUAAAGCACAUUGCCAACCGAGCCUUGAGCAUCCCCCCCAACAUCGAUGUGUUGCUGUGUGAGCAGGAGGUGGUAGCGGAUGAGACACCUGCAGUGCAGGCUGUUCUUCGAGCAGACACCAAGCGAUUGAAGCUGCUGGAAGAAGAGCGACAGCUUCAGGGGCAGCUGGAGCAGGGUGAUGACACAGCUGCCGAGAGGCUGGAGAAGGUGUAUGAGGAACUGCGGGCUUCCGGUGCAGCAGCUGCGGAAGCCAAAGCCCGGCGGAUCCUGGCUGGUCUGGGCUUUGACCCUGAAAUGCAGAAUCGGCCCACAGAGAAGUUUUCAGGGGGCUGGCGCAUGCGUGUGUCCUUGGCCAGGGCACUGUUCAUGGAGCCCACGCUGCUGAUGCUGGAUGAGCCCACCAACCACCUGGACCUCAAUGCUGUCAUCUGGCUCAAUAACUACCUCCAGGGCUGGCGGAAGACAUUGCUCAUCGUCUCCCAUGACCAGGGCUUCCUGGAUGAUGUCUGCACUGAUAUCAUCCAUCUUGAUGUCCAGCGCCUUCAUUACUAUAGGGGCAAUUACAUGACCUUCAAGAAGAUGUACCAACAAAAGCAGAAAGAACUGCUGAAGCAAUAUGAGAAGCAGGAGAAAAAGCUGAAGGAGCUAAAGGCAGGUGGCAAGUCCACCAAGCAGGCGGAAAAGCAAACAAAGGAAGCCCUAACUAGGAAGCAGCAGAAAUGCCGACGGAAAAACCAGGAUGAGGAGUCACAGGAGACCCCUGAGCUCCUGAAGCGCCCCAAGGAGUACAUUGUUCGCUUUACAUUCCCCAACCCCCCGCCACUUAGCCCUCCUGUGCUGGGCCUGCAUGGUGUGACAUUUGGCUAUGAGGGGCAGAAACCACUCUUUAAGAAUCUGGAUUUUGGCAUUGACAUGGACUCAAGAAUCUGCAUUGUGGGCCCUAAUGGUGUGGGGAAAAGCACCUUGCUCCUGCUCCUGACAGGCAAGCUGACUCCGACUCGUGGAGAAAUGAGAAAGAACCACCGGCUGAAAAUUGGCUUCUUCAACCAGCAGUAUGCGGAGCAGCUGCGCAUGGACGAGACACCCACCGAUUACCUGCAGCAAGUCUUCAACCUGCCCUACCAGGAUGCCCGGAAGUGCCUGGGUCGCUUCGGCCUUGAGAGUCAUGCCCACACCAUCCAGAUCUGCAAACUCUCUGGUGGGCAAAAAGCCCGAGUUGUGUUUGCAGAGCUGGCCUGUCGGGAGCCAGAUGUCCUCAUCUUGGAUGAGCCCACCAAUAACUUGGACAUAGAGUCGAUUGAUGCUCUGGGGGAGGCCAUCAAUGAGUACAAGGGUGCUGUGAUUGUCGUCAGCCAUGAUGCCCGGCUCAUCACAGAAACCAACUGCCAGCUGUGGGUGGUGGAGGAGCAGAGUGUUAGCCAAAUCGAUGGUGACUUUGAGGACUACAAGCGGGAGGUGUUGGAGGCCCUGGGUGAAGUCAUGGUCAACCGCCCCCGAGAGUGAUCUCCCUUCCCAGAAGACCAGCUUGUGUGACCUGGAUGCCCCCUGUUGUCUCUCUGUCUCCACUCGGAAGCCUGCCUCUGUUCUGCAGCUGACAGGGAGGCAGAGGUGGUCUUGAUAUGAUUAGAAUGCCACUUCGAUUGCUUCCUUUCCUGUGAAAGAUUUGUUCACUUUUCCUUAUAAACUAGUCUGGCCUUACUUUUGACACUUCCCUGUGCCGAAAGAGAUGACCAUCUUCAUUAUUGUGGGUUCCAUCCAGCCAAACUUAGGUAACCAGAAGUUGUCCUGAGUCUCUCUCAUCACUCUGCACCCUGCCUCUGGUCCACUUUAAAGCUUCCAGCCCAGUGGCCCCCUGGUCUUUUGAGUGAUGCUGUUCUUUUUUUUUUUUUUGAUGGAUUUCGUGCUGACUUUGUGAUACAAAUGGCUGUGGCAGUUCAACUGAGGGAGAAGUCUGAGGCCUGAGCUAUUAUCUGGCAUUUGGUGUGUGCAGUCUCUUGUCUAGUUGGAGACUUGGGGGCAGGAAAGGAACACUACUGAACUUGAAUUUCCCUGUACAAGGGGAAAGAAUAAAGGAAAGGAAUUACUGGU